GGAAGCAGCUUCCGCAGGCCAUGGCGGCGCCGUGGCUGCGGAGCUCUGCUCGGCUGCUCGCUGCACUGCGACUGCCGCGCGGGCGCCGGUCUUUGCACGAAUGGGCCCCGCCGCGGGAUGUGCUGCUCUUUGAGCACAAGCGGGGGCGCUUUUCUGUCGCCCUGGGGCUGUUCUGCGCGGGGCAGGGCGUCUUCUGGACCUCCCUGGCCAUCGCGGCCGUGGCCCGACCUUCCUCCCCCGCGCAGCCCUCCUCGGAUGCGGACCUCCCAGAUCACAACCCCAGGAACUUGCGUUCACUGCUCUGGAGCUACGGCCUGGCCAUCGGCUCUGGCGCUCUGGGCUUUCUGGUACUGAGCGCAAGUGUUCUCUUCUCCGUCCGCUCUGUGCGCUCUGUGAUGCUGCUGGCAGGAGGCAAGCAGGUAGCCCUCACCACGCAUGCUCCAUUCGGCUUGGGGGCCCAUCUCACGGUCCCCUUGAACCAGGUAUCCUGCAUGGCCCACCGGGGUGAAGUCCCUGCCGUGCUGCCUCUGAAGAUUAAAGGCCGACGCUUCUACUACCUCCUGGAUAAAGCUGGACAUUUCCCCAACGCAAAACUCUUUGAUAACACUGUGGGCGCCUACCGUAGCUUAUAAAGAAAAAAACUCAGGUCUCUCCAAUCAACCCCUUGUGAAGAGGAACCUUAGGGAUGAUGUGGCGACUUGGGUUGGUUGUGUGGGAGACCCAAGAUUAACCAAAUAAAAGAACAGUCAUCCUCAGAGGAACUCUAACAGUA